UGCCACGAUAAUGCCACUGACCUCGAGGUAGACGCUCAUAUGUUUUACAGUGUUUACACAGGAAAAAAAGAAAAUAAUAGUUUGAAAAAAAAACAUCAAAUGUGUUGGAAAAUACCAACGCAUUGAUUGUUGGAGAUAGUCUCAGUUCAUGCCAUUUUAAGAGUUAAAAGCACAGUGUUGUAAGUUUCAUAUUUGAAAGAGAGAGAGAUAAUAAAAUCUGUUAACUAUUAAACACUUAUGAUGUAUUGUACAGUUAAGCCUAACUCACAACGUCCAACAAAACAUAAAUCAGCCCAAGCUUGUUUUGAUACACUCUGACUGUUACACUAAAAACAAAGACGAAAAAUGCGUGAAAACAACCUUAUGCUUGCAAGUCACUAAUUCUCUUGAUCGGAAACAGGUACACUGAUUUGAGAAAUUAUCCGUGGAAGCUGAAGGCAGUCAGCGCCACCCUAAACACUCGCUUUCACUGGUUAAGAACGCGGAAGAAAUGGGCGGGUUCAGAACGCUCAGCACGGCGACCAAUCGCGUUGCGCGAAGGCGAUGACUGACGCCUCCGUUCCCACCAAUGAGCGCGCUCCAAACCAGCGCUCGAACAACCCACCCAGCUGGGUAUAUAUUCAGCGAUGACAGCUCGCUAAUCCACUGCGUUUGCUUCAACAGCCCAGUGCAAAGAGGAAAUCUCGAACACAAAAGCGAUUCGUCCAACGAAACCGUUUCGUACAGAGGUGUCGACAUGAAGGCAAUAAGCCCAGUCAGGUCUUUCCGGAAAAGUAGCGCGAAUGUGACGGAGCACAGUCUGGGAAUCUCACGGAGCAAGACCCCCGUGGACGAUCCCCUAAGCCUGCUGUACAACAUGAACGACUGCUACUCCAAACUGAAGGAACUGGUGCCGAGUAUCCCGCAGAACAAAAACGUGAGCAAAAUGGAAAUCCUCCAACAUGUCAUCGACUACAUCCUGGACCUGCAGAUCGCACUUGACUCAAAUUCGGCAAUCACCAGCCUGCAUCACCCGAGAGCAGGGCAGGGGACAUCCAGAACACCCCUGACAACACUCAACACAGACAUCAGCAUCCUCUCAUUACAGACACCCGAGUUUCAAUCAGACUUGAUCACAGAGGACAGCAGGACACUUUACCGUUAAUCAGGUGUUUGGUUAAGACACAAGAACACACAGGACCUGGGAACUGGCUUUUCCUCCGAUUUCUGUUCUCAGUCUGGAGCUUUUUUUUUUUUUUUUUUUUUUUUUUGGUUGUUUUCUUUCCUGUAAUUGAAUCAAGAGACUUUUUUGCUUCUAAAAGGACAAUCCAUGUGAUGUGUUAUAAGUUCGGACAUUGAUUAUUUAUCUUCUAAAAAGACUUAUUUGGUCCUUUCUUCAAGAGGAAGAAGCACUAUAUUCCCUGAAAACGGGAGGGAAACCUGUAAAUGCUCACGAGGAACCUUUUCUCUGCAUUGAGAAGAAGUCUUACCUUUUUUUCGUGAAGACCGUGUGAAUAGGAGAAGACGUGGUUAGUUACUGUACAAAGUUUAAGUCUGUUUUUGUCAAUUCUUUUGGCACAUGAAGGACUGGACGUUGAAAAUGACAUGAUGAAACCUUGUGAACUCUCUCAGAGUUUUAUCUUGUAUAGUUGCAGAAAUUGGACUGUCAGUAUCUGCAAAGUGUUAUGCUGUAUGCUGAGACUUUUUAUAAAAGUAAUAUUGUAAAUCGUACCUUUUUUUUAUACAAAAUAAAUCAAAUGCUUUAUUUGACGCCCGUCUGUUAUGCCUGGGUGUAAAAAUGUCAA